UGCGAUAUCGCGAAAUUAAUUCUGUAAAAGAAAAGCCGUGCCUAAAGCUAUAUAGCUCGCAACUCACUGCCUACCGCAUUCACAAAAAUUGAUCAUCGCUUCGGCAUGAACAGUGCUUUUACCGUAGAAUCGACCCGAUAUGACUCGUACUGGUUGUCAACGGGUAUCUAGCACUGCGUGCACUUGCCAAGCGAAUUCAUUCAUAUAAAUGGUUUGAAGACUUCAGGCAUUUAGAUCUCCAUAGUUCCUCAACCUCAACUUCAUCCACACAAACACAUACCUUUGACCUAAUUUCAUCAUUAUUAUGUUGACUUCUUUUACUCGCUUCACGGUCGCUCUUGCUCUUACAUUCUCUGUUUUCGGUGCUGCUAUUCCAGUGGCCACUGACACCACCACUGCUUCUUCUUCUCGGACUACCCCUGUUGGUGCUCUGUGGAAGAACAACGUUCAUGAGAGGCUCUCUGAACCACCUUCCCAGCGGUCCGGUGAGCUCUGGGAAGGGAUUGAGCAUGAGAAUGUAGCACGGGACGGAUUGGCACCCGCUCGCAGAUCUGGCGAGCUCUGGCGUGGUCUAGAACACGAAGAAGUAGCACGAGACGGAUUGAUACCAUCUCGCAGAUCUGGCGAGCUCUGGCGUGGUCUAGAACACGAAGAGAUAGCACGAGACGGAGUGGUACCAGCUCGCAGAUCUGGCGAGCUCUGGCGUGGACUAGAACACGAAGAGAUAGCACGAGACGGAUUGGCACCGGCUCGCAGAUCUGGCGAGCUCUGGCGCGGGCUUGAACACGUGGAGGUUUCCCCUUCCACUGAUGCCUAAGUCAUAUUGCGUUAUCCAGACAUCGGUACUUUAUCAGGCAUGAGCGAGGAUCCCCGCGCUCGGGCUGUGUACGCGGGCAUGCACAGCAUAGUCGG